UUGGGGAUCAUGGCUGCUAAGAAACUGAGAAGAGCAAAGUUGUCUGAGGAGCUGUGUGAAAGGCUGAGUCGCCAUCAGAUCACUACCUGUCAGGACUUUUUAUGUCUUUCCCUCUUGGAACUAAUGAAAGUGACAGGACAGAGCUACUAUGAUGUGCAGAAGCUUCUUUGUCAAGUCAGUCGAGCUUGUGCUCCCAAAAUGCAGACUGCAUAUGAAAUGAAACUGAGGAAGGCUGGCAAUCCUUCUUCAGCCUUUUUGUCCACCACGCUUCAUGGUUUGGAUAAAGUCUUGCACGGUGGAGUGUCCUGUGGAUCCCUUACAGAGAUAACUGGCCCACCAGGUUGUGGCAAAACUCAGUUGUGCAUUAUGCUGAGUGUUCUGGCUACGCUCCCUGUAAGCAUGGGAGGACUAGAUGGGGCUGUUAUAUACAUUGACACAGAGUCUGCAUUCAGUGCUGAAAGGUUGAUCGAGAUAGCCAGCAACAGAUUCCCUGCUUAUUUUGACUCGGAUGAGAAGCUCUUCUGCAUGACCAGCAACAUUCACCUGUACCAAGAGCUGACCUGUAGCAGUGUGCUGAAGAGGAUUAUGUCUUUGGAAGAAGAAAUUAUUUCCAAGAAAGUUAAACUCGUAAUAAUUGACUCUGUUGCUUCAGUUGUCAGAAAGGAGUUUGACACAAAGCUCCAGGGCAACCUGGCAGAGAGGAGUAACUUUUUGGCCAGAGGAGCAUCAGUGUUGAAGUAUUUGGCGGAGGAGUUCUCAAUACCAGUUAUCUUGACAAAUCAGAUUACCACAUUGUUGAGCAAUGGCCUUGCUAUCCAGGCAGACCUGGUGUCUCCAGCUGAUGAUUUGUUCCUGUCUGAAGGAACUUCGGGAAGUCGGAAGAGGGAAUAUGGUUGUGUAACAGCAGCCCUUGGCAACACAUGGAGUCACAGCGUCAACACCAGGCUCAUACUACAAUAUCAUGACUUGCCAACAAGACAGCUCCUGGUUGCUAAAUCCCCUGUUGCUCCAUUCUCUGCUUUUUUCUACACCAUCGAAAAAUCUGGCUUGGUUCUUCAAGAGAGAAAGGAUCAAAUGAAUUUAGCCUGGGAAGGCACCAACCCUGCCCUGCAGACCAUACAAGUGAGGAGCACAGCCUUGAAAGCCACUUCCCUUGAUGCUGCUUUACCCGGCGUUACUGGUGGGACUCUCAGCAAUACCUCCAAUCUAUAGCAAGGACAGCUGAGGCAUCCACUAAGAAAUUAAUGACAACAUCAGUUUUCAAAAAUCCAGUGAAGCAGAUCAUGAGCAUUGUCUUCUUUGGUCUCUUUAAAGACUAACUUUAAAACAAGUGAUU